CAAAACGAAAAUAGAAUGACAUAAUAUUUGGAAAGAUGAUAUAACGUCUAUAAAUGGGAGUGGUUAUCUAUAACGAAAUCCAAAGAAGUAAACCACAGCGGUAUUGCAUGUGGUCAAGUCAACCAAAACAUGAAAAUAAGUGCACUGGGUAUCACAAAGUUUACAAAAUAGUUAAAAUAAUCAACGUACUCAGGGACUUCCGGUUUGUGCCUAGCGAACAGAGACCCUCGACUUCAGAAGAGUCGGGAUCGGUAGACAAUUCCUUGUAUUGACUUAUAUACAGUGUUGCUUUGGUGCAGGCUUACAUAUACAUACUUUUUAGCAUAUAAUUUUCAUCAGCAAAAUUAUAAUAAAGAUGAUGCACAGUAACUGUAGUGAACCUGAUUGCAGUUUAUGGUAUAGUCGUCACCAAUCACAGUCUACGUCAUAUGACGAGUUUGGAAGUGGCGCGAAUGUUCCCGAUAACGCCACAAGAACAAACAGACAUGUACCACAGAAUUUACCUUCAGAAGCUCCAGGAGGACAUACAGCAGACAAGGCUCUGAGACUAGCAAGAGAAUACGGCAUCAAUACAUCUAAACCAAAGUACCAGCAAUACGCUGUAAAGGCCACACGCCUCAACACUUUCGAAAACUGGCCUGCGUUUUUCACCCAGAAGCCAGAACAAUUGGCAGAUGCUGGGUUCUUUUACUCGGGAAAGAGUGAUGCUGUCUUCUGCUUCUUCUGUGGUCUGGGUUUACAGGAAUGGGAGGAAGGGGACACGCCGUGGGGAGAGCAUGCGCGGUGGUCUCCUGAAUGUGUCUUUGUAAUCAAUGUCAAAGGUCAUGACUUUAUCGAAUUAGAGAAGCUGCGGAACACGAACCCAGAUGAGUACUUUGCAAGAAGGGAAUUGUACUCCAAAGACGAUAAAUCUCAAGGAAAGUCAAAAAUUGAUACUAUGAAUAGUCCAGCGAUUCAGAGCUUGCUACAGAACGGGUACGAGGAAUCAGUAGUUAAACAAGCAGUUACGUUUUUCCAGAAGCAGAACAGAGGGAAAUCCUUUUCAGCGAAGGAACUUUUAGAAAUAAUAUUUGAUAUUGAAGACAACAAUAUUGUUUGUGAAGAAUUAGAGAAGAAAGACGACCCAGUUGUUCAAACAGACAACCUUGUGAUAAAAGAAAAUGAAGAACUCCGGAAGUCGACAUACUGUCGGAAGUGUUCGACUGGUUUUGCUUCGGUCGUCUUUCUUCCUUGUGGACAUUUGUGUACAUGCACUGACUGUGCACCAUCUAUUAAGCAUUGCUUGUUGUGUGAUCAGUUCAUUAAGGGCACAGUUCGCACUUAUCUGGCUUAGUAUAAUUAUGAAACAUUUGCUUGACAUUUUUUAUUUUGAUAAAGAAAUGGAGAACCUUC